UCACUUCCAAUUUAUUAUAUAAUAAUUUCUCUCUUGUCUACAUAUAAUUCAGUGCUAAAAAAUGAAGAAGGGUUGUUCUUUGGUUGCAGUAAUGUUGGUGGUGGCCCUUAUUGGUGACCAAUUGGGGGCGAGCGAGGCAGUGACAUGCAGCGCGACACAGCUGAGCCCGUGCUUGGGGGCGAUCACAUCGGGGACACCCCCAUCACAGGCUUGUUGCGCUAGGCUGAGGGUCCAGCAGCCUUGCCUUUGUGGAUAUAUGAGGGAUCCUAACCUUAGGCAGUAUGUCAACUCUCCUAAUGCCAGGAAAGUUGCUAGCUCCUGCGGAGUUAGCAUUCCCAGUUGUUAAUUAGGUCUUAUGUAUACCAACAUUUUAGUUACUUGUUGUGUAGCUUCUAGCAUGGGAAUAAAACUUCAAUGGCACCUAUAGCCUAUAAUAAAAAUGGUUGUAAUCUAUCUUAUGUAAUUAUAACCACGUUACUUUUAUUUCA